CAUAAUCUCAAACAUAAAUGGAAACCUUUCGCAUUGGCAUGGUGCGUAAUUUCACAUUUUUCCUUUUACGAAGUGCACAGGUACAUAUGCUUUAAUAAAUUCAAAUAAAUCGGAAACCCCAACCGCACUCGCUCUUUCUCCUGCAAAAAAACUUGAAUCUACCAUGGCGUUUCCUUACAUGGAAGCCGUAGUCGGCUUUAUGAUAUUUGUGUAUAUUUUUGAGACUUACCUUGAUUUGCGGCAACAUGGUGCUCUGAAGUUACCAACUCUUCCAAAACCUUUGAUGGGAGUAAUUAGCCAAGAGAAGUUUGAAAAAUCUCGUGCCUAUAGUCUUGAUAAAAGCCAUUUCCAUUUUGUUCACGAGCUUGUAAUCAUACUUAUGGACUCGGCAAUACUUUACUUUGGGAUAUUGCCCUGGUUUUGGAAGAGGUCAGGAGAGCUUUUGGUACAUUUUGGUCUCAAUGCAGAGAAUGAGAUAUUCCACACACUUGCAUUUUUAGCAGGCUUUAUGGUUUGGUCUCAGAUAACUGAUCUGCCAUUUUCUUUGUACUCAACCUUUGUAAUUGAGGCUCGCCAUGGUUUCAACAAGCAAACAAUAUGGUUAUUCUUUAGGGACAUGAUAAAAGGGAUUGUCUUAUCUGUAGUGAUUGGUCCACCUAUUGUAGCUGCCAUCAUUGUAAUAGUACAGAAAGGAGGUCCAUACUUGGCCAUUUAUCUGUGGGCUUUUAUGUUUGUUCUGUCUCUUGUCAUGAUGACUUUUUAUCCAAUUUUGAUUGCUCCACUUUUCAACAAAUUCACACCGCUUCCAGAUGGAGAGCUUAGGGUCAAAAUUGAGAAUCUUGCUUCAUCCCUGAAAUUUCCCUUGAAGAAAUUGUUCGUUAUUGAUGGAUCCACAAGGUCAAGCCAUAGCAAUGCGUACAUGUAUGGAUUUUUCAAGAACAAGCGCAUUGUCCUUUACGACACAUUGAUUCAGCAGUGCAAAAAUGAUGAGGAAGUUGUUGCUGUAAUAGCACAUGAACUGGGUCACUGGAAGCUUAAUCAUACUGUGUACUCCUUCAUUGCGAUUCAGAUCCUCACGUUUUUGCAGUUUGGAGGGUACACGCUUGUAAGGAACUCAAAAGACCUCUUUCAGAGUUUCGGGUUUGAUACACAACCUGUUCUAAUUGGACUUAUUCUAUUUCAGGUAUUAAUAUACUAUCAUGCCUGUUUGGGACAAAACAUGCUAGUCACGUCCAAAGUGCUCCGGUUACCAACUCUUUUGGUUGUUUGGCAGGAAGAGAAUCUUUCAGCCAUGAACACGGACCCCUGGUAUUCUGCAUAUCACUAUUCUCAUCCUCCUCUAGCCGAAAGAUUAGCUGCAAUUGAUGAGCCCGAUAAAAAAGCGGAUUGAUCAGGAACGAACUAUGAGCAUGCUGAAAAUGAGUAUGAUCUACUCAUUUUGAACUUCUUACUGGACCGACUGUAAUCUCACCAGAAUAAAUAUUAUGUGUAGUUUUCUUUUGUGAUGCCAUGGUCUGUAAACAAUUUUCUGUUCAGUUGUAUAAAAAAAUCAUAUCCUAGACUAAAGGGUAAAGAAAAUAGCUGAAUGAAAUUAGACUCAUUUGAUUAGUUAAUUCUUGGACAAGGGUUAUGUUUUUCAGGAAAAAGGAAGCGGCAAUGAGAAAAAUACUUGUAAGUUCAUUCUAUUUCUUAAACGAAUGACAUCGCCAUGACGCCUUAUGAACAAUGUAAGGAAAACUGGGAUUUUAAUGAA